AUGGCUAUGGAGUUUUGGAGAUCCGCGAUCGCCUUCCUUCUUCUGCUCUUCAUGCAUGCCGCUCACUCUUUCUAUCUCCCAGGUGUCGCUCCUCAGGAUUUCGAAAAGGGUGAUGAGCUCAAGGUUAAAGUGAAUAAGUUAACUUCAAUCAAGACUCAGCUUCCAUAUUCGUAUUACUCUCUUCCUUUUUGUCAACCAAAGAAGAUUGUUGAUAGUACUGAGAAUCUUGGAGAAGUGCUUCGUGGUGACAGGAUCGAAAAUGCUCCUUAUUCGUUUAAAAUGCGGGAGGCACAGAUGUGUAAUAUUCUCUGUCGGGUCACACUUGAUGCUAAGACAGCCAAAGCGUUUAAAGAAAAGAUUGAUGAUGAGUACCGUGUCAACAUGAUUCUUGACAACCUUCCUCUUGUGGUUCCAAUCGAAAGAGUGGAUCAGGGCUCUCCCGCUGUUGUUUAUCAGCUUGGAUAUCAUGUUGGUCUUAAAGGCCAGUAUGAAGGGAGCAAAGAGCAGAAGUUCUUUAUGCACAAUCACUUGGCAUUUACAGUCCGGUAUCACAGAGAUGUAGAAACUGAUGCUGCAAGGAUUGUGGGAUUUGAAGUAAAACCUUACAGUGUUAAGCAUGAAUACGAUGGAGAGUGGAGUGAGAAGACCCGUCUCACAACCUGUGAUCCUCACAAAAAGCGCCUCGUCGUUAGCUCGGCUACCCCUCAAGAAGUUGAACAAAAGAAGGAGAUCAUCUUCACUUAUGAUGUUGAUUUCCAGGCAAGUGUUUUUUAA